GGCCUUUGCUGGCCUCCCCACCCUCCAGAAGUUUCUCCUCAGAGAUGUUCUCCACUCUGGGGCUGAGCAGGGAUCUCCUGGUCCCAAGAAGGAAAACUAGGGUCUUUCGGCCUCUUGAUGGUUGGCCCCAUGGUCCCCACCUUUUAUCUGGCUUUGCUGCUCCAUGUGCUCGCAGCGAGAGCUGUUUCUUGGCCCAGCAUCUUAGCAUUGCAGCCCCAGGCCAUCUGUCACCAGCAGACAAAGUCUCCCCGCCACUUCUUGUUCCUCCUCAGCCUGCUCCCCGUCUCUGCGCCCUCUGCACAGUUUCCUCUUCUGCCCUCAGUGUUUUUCCUCCAGCGUCUGCUGGGUCCCCUCCGCUGCCCUUUGGCUCCAAGAGGUCUGUCUGUCUGUGUUUCCAGGUUAAGAUAACUGGACUGGAUUUACUUUCCUCCCUGGUUUCCUUCCAAGGUCUGAUGCUCACCCCAGAAUGGCAGGCUUCCUGCAGGAGGGGCCUCUUCAGGACUUCGUCUGGGCUCUCUGUAAUUUCCUGUUCCCACCAGAUUCAAGGUCACCAGCCCUCCCAGACCCCAUCACUCCUUCCUGGGCUGGAGGUAGUGACCGGAUCUGCUCACCCCACGGAGGCAGCGCUUGAGGAGGGCUCCCUGGAGGAAGCAGCGGCACCCUCCAUGACCCAAGGCAAUGACCCUGGGGCCCCCCAGGCCCUGGACAGCACUGACCUCGAUGUCCCCAUAGAAGCUGUGACACGCCAGCCCCAGGGGAACCCCUUGGACUGCACCCCACUAGUGGCGAAUGGCUCUGGCCACCCCUCGGAGCUGGGCGGCGCCAGGCGGACGGGGAAUGGUGCCCUGGGUGGCCCCAAGGCCCACCGGAAGUUGCAGACGCACCCAUCUCUCGCCAGCCAGGGCAGCAAGAAGAGCAAGGGCAGCACCAAGUCCGCUGCCUCCCAGAUUCCCCUCCAGGCGCAGGAAGACUGCUGCGUCCACUGCAUCCUGUCCUGCCUGUUCUGCGAGUUCCUGACGCUGUGCAACCUGGUCCUGGACUGCGCCACCUGCGGCUCCUGCAGCUCCGAAGACUCCUGCCUCUGCUGCUGCUGCUGCGGCUCCGGCGAGUGCGCCGACUGCGACCUGCCCUGCGACCUGGACUGCGGCAUCCUGGACGCCUGCUGCGAGUCGGCCGACUGCCUGGAGAUCUGCAUGGAGUGCUGCGGCCUCUGCUUCUCCUCCUGACCCCUGCACGCUCCGGAGGCCGCCCCAUGUCCCUGGCUGUCACCCCAGGCCGCGCCGCCCCCUCCCCUGGGCCCUUCCCACCCACCCUGCACCCUCCUGGAACCCCAGCCCGGUGAGAGGGGGUGCCGGUCCUCCUUCCCGGUCUCCCAGGACCUGGUGGGGGGUGAUGGGGGGACCACUCCUGGAUCAGCUGCCAGGGCUGCCGAACACUGUGAAAGCUGGGGGAGGGGACAGGGACGUGUUGGGGGGGCUGGGGCGCUGGGGCUGUGCGCUUCUCUACCUCUCACUGCCCCUGUGCCUGCCUCCCCUGCCACCCAUCCCAGGCUUCGAGGACAGCAAAAUGUGAAAAGAAACACACCCCACCCGACCUCAGCCAAACCCCUCCACAGUCCCCCUCCUGGGGUCUUGGUGGGGGGGCCUGACCCAUACAGUGACCCCGGAGGGCAGGGCUGGCCUUGGGCCCAGGGUGGGGUGGGAGGGGGGAAUGGUAUAGAAAAGACUGGAAGGGGAGAGGGAGGGAAUGGAGGGUGGGUCUGUUCUGUUUGUGCUGUAAAUAAAGAUGUAUGUUCAUCUCAGA